AUGUCUUUCGGAUUCGGAACCGGUGACUUCAUCGCAGUGCUAGGACUUUUUGAGCGAAUCGCGAUCGAGAUUAAGAAUUACCGCGAUGCUCCAGCACAAUUCCAAAAUCUUUCUAUCGAACUCGACCUGCUACAACGUACUCUCAUGCACGUGGUCCAAACCCAAACAGACGAUCAGGAAGACAAGCAGGUUCUCGAGCGGAUACGAGCCAUAGCCAGCCAUUGUCACCAGCCUUUGCAAGGCUUCAUUGACAAGCUACUAUCAAAAGAACGUUCCUUGGGCCACUAUCGGACUGCACGGCUCAACGAUGUAGGGAUCCGAAUGAAAUGGUCUAUGGUCACGCAAAGAGAUAUCGAAGAAUUACGAAAGGUUGUGUUGUCAGAAAUGGCUGCAAUUAAUAUACUUUUGGGCGUGCAGCAGCUAAACAAUCUCAAAAGAUUGACUUCUCGCUCAAUAGACUCCCGUCAAAGCUCUGAUACCAUUUUGGAUAAGACCUCCAAGAUCUUGGAUCUGGUUCACAAUCUGCCCGACUCAAUCGCCAAUAUACAUCUGGAAAUCGCUCGGAACGGAGAACAACAGGCAAGAAGGGACACAGAGAUGGCACAAAUGGUUGCAGGGCUAAAAUCUCAGGUAACGGAAAUAUCCGUUCAAGGGAAAAAUAGCAUGGAGAUAAUUCGCUCUAGUAAAGCCCGGAUUUUGCGAGAAGUAGCGCGGUUGUAUUCCGUCUUGAAUGACUUGAGGAAGCUUCUUCACUUGUUCUCGAAAUAUUCGAAAGAAAUUCUCGAAGCCAUUAGCCAGAAUACCCGCAUGCUUCUUGAUAUAGCAGGCCAUAUGAAAAGGCUUGCUCGAGCCAUCGAAUCCGUUCCCCUACAUCUUUCGGUCGACAUUAUCCGCCUUGACGACGCACUCGGAGAAAGCUGGGGUUUGCCUUUUCAAGCGUGUCAAACAUGGGAGUCAUUCACAGACAUACUAAAGGUAGUUGUUUAUGGGAACCAGCGACCGGGAUUGGAAUACAUACUACGAGGCCAGUUUCAGCUUACUCUUGCGAAGACGGGGCUUUCGGUCGGCCAAUCAAAUCCGUGGGUUUCAAUUAUCAGACCAGGUGCCCACAUAAAGCAAGCGAUGGUUGUCCCUGGGCUUCCUGUUUCGAAAGAUACAUGUCCUUAUCCCUCCUGUACUGGGACGUUAUUCAGCCAAGCUGAUGAAGUUGGCAAAAUAUGCUCAACAUGUAGUCGGUUGUCGAGCUCUGCACUCCUUCAUUCUCUACCGCUGAAGUUAUACGCUGAGGUUCCAUUUUUGCCCACAAUGCUUGAAUCUACCGAAAGUCAGAGCAGCAUUCAAACGCGUGUACAGAAGAUUGACAGCUCGUCGAUUGGCCCUAUUCAACUUUGCGAAGGCUCCAUUGGCAUGUUCCGAAGGAUACAGGUAUAUGAGCGGCCGCCUCCUCUCGCUUCAGCAGAAGAAGCGUACCAGAAGCUUGGGGAUGAUGCAUCUGACUUCCAAGCAAAUCUAUACCUCGGAUGGCAUGCGCUCAGUAAAGGGAGAAUUGAUGAAUCUAUUCAUCGCUUGGAACGGACGACAGCGACGGACCCUAAAGAUUGGAUUCCUUACUACCUUUUGGCAAGAGCCUUUCUAGCCAAAGAUCGCUUCGUUGAAGCGUAUAAUGCACUGCAACUCUGCGCGAAUUAUUACUACAUGGUUCCUGAUGUUUGGAUUACGAUUGGAGUACUCUACUUCAAGCUUAAUCAAUAUCGCGACAGCCUUGACGCUAUAGCAAGAAGCAUCCGAUUGAACGGGUACACGUGGGAGUCAUGGUACAAUCUCGGGGUUCUUUACGAUAAUGCUAGAAAUCAAAGCGGUGAUGCACUAGACGCAAUGCAGAGAGCUUUAGACCUGAAUCCUGCUCUCUCCAACGUGCAUAUUCGAAUGGAAGAGUUAAAAUCAGGAGUUCGUGGAGAUAAGCUUACGGAAAUGGUGGAAUUUCCAAGUCCACUGUACUACUACUAA